CGCUAUGGAGCGUCGAUGCCGUACUACACAACCUCCGCACCAAGCGCUUCGAGCCUAAGACUGUAGAGCGCGUGUAUGAGGCUGACGUCUACCCAGCGGUGUACGACUUCGCCUCCUGGCACCAGCACCGCUCCCGCGGGCGCUACUUGGAGCACGCCAUCACGCUGUUUCGGAGCCACUUCUUCCGCGACCUGCUGGGGCCGCUGGGGGCGCUGGUGGGGGCGGCGGCGGCGGUGGGGGCGUACGAGACAGCGCGGCAGUCCGGCUCCCUGCCUGCCUGGCUUCCCUGCUUCUCCGGCGGUUCCUCCGACACGCCCUUCCAGCUCACCUCCUUCGCGCUGUCGCUCAUGCUGGUGUUCCGGACAAACAGCAGCUACGCGCGCUGGCUGGACGCGCGGCAGCAGUGGGGGCUGAUCGUCAACACGGCGCGCACGUUUGCACGGCAGGCGCUCACCACCCUGCCGGCGGAUGACAGCUGCUCCGAACUGCGGUCCGCAGUGGCCCGCUGGACGGUUGCCUUCGUGCGCCUCAGCAAGCUGCACCUGCGCGAGCACGGUGAGCAGCAGCUGCUGCAGGGAGGCGACCUGGCGGGGCUGCUGACACCGCAGGAGGUGGCGCUGCUGGCGGCCGCACCGCACGCACCGCUGGCGGCAUGCCACGUGCUGUCAGCGCUGCUGGACCGGG